CUGUAUAAGCGGAGCGUGCUGGGAUUUGAAACUAGUAUGGAGGCACCAGCGGCCGUGCUUCCCCGGCACUUCGGGGUCUCUAUGGAGAAGAGGCUCGCCGGUGACCCGAGCUGCUGAGCUUUCGCCGCCUCGGCCCUCGCGGCACGGCCGCAGGGCCAUGCUGGCCUCGCGCUUGGCGCGCGGCUCGUGGGGGGCCCUGCGUGCGGCCGCCUGGGUGCUAGGGGUGCGGUCGGGUAAGGGGCGCUCCCGCGGGGCCUUGCUGCCGCUCGUGCCCUGCUGCCUGAGCUGCCAGGCCGAGCGCUGGUCGCUGCGCCGGGCCGCGCUUGCCCUGCGGCUGCCCAGAGCCGGCCCACGGAGCCACUGCUCAGGCACGGGCAAAGCGGCCCCCGGGCCUGCGGCAGGAGGGGACGCCGCCGCGGAGGCCCCGGGCGGCGGGUGGGUCCCGGCGAGCGCCCCCAGUCCGUAUGAAAAUCCAUGGACAAUCCCAAAUAUGUUGUCAAUGACAAGAAUUGGCUUGGCCCCAAUUUUGGGAUAUUUGAUUAUUGAAGAAGAUUUUAAUGUUGCACUAGGAGUUUUUGCUUUAGCUGGGCUAACCGAUUUGUUGGAUGGAUUUAUUGCUCGAAACUGGGCCAAUCAAAAAUCAGCUUUGGGAAGUGCUCUUGAUCCACUUGCUGAUAAAAUACUUAUCAGUAUCUUAUAUGUUAGCUUGACCUAUGCAGAUCUUAUUCCAGUUCCACUUACUUAUAUGAUAAUUUCAAGAGAUGUAAUGUUGAUUGCUGCUGUUUUUUAUGUCAGAUAUCGAACUCUUCCAACACCGCGAACACUAGCUAAGUAUUUCAAUCCUUGUUAUGCUACUGCUAGAUUAAAACCAACGUUCAUCAGCAAGGUAAACACAGCAGUUCAGUUAAUCUUGGUUGCAGCUUCUUUGGCAGCUCCAGUUUUCAAUUAUGGUGAUAGCAUUUACCUUCGGAUGCUUUGGUAUUUUACAGCUUUCACCACAGCUGCAUCAGCUUACAGUUAUUAUCAUUAUGGUCGGAAAACUGUUCAGGUGAUAAAAGGCAGAUGAGAGUCACCCAUCACCAUUAGCAAGGAAGCAAUACACAUCAUCCGUGGCAAUGCCAGCGAAAAUCUACAGGAGUUUCCCUAUUUUGGUGUUCAGCUUGUAAAAGGACUUGUCAGAACAAACCAUGUCAUCAAAAUUGAAGUAAUGUGCAUUGAAAAUAAGCUUGAUCAUGGGCAUAUGCAGAAUUUCCAAUGUAUUUUUAAGUAUAAAUAAAACUAUAAUUUAGAAUUUUUAAUCUUAGGUUUCUUGAAUAUAAAGAGAUGAAUUAUUCCAAUUAUUGUCAGUCCUUUUUUAUGUUUUUUAAAAAUAUAGUUCAGAGCAUGGAAACUGAAGUGUUGACACCUGUCUCUAGAAUCUAAGUUGCUCAUGAAGCCAUAGGGACUUGCCUGGGAUUAAAUAUAUAUCUUAUAUAACUUGGCUAUUCAUUUUUAUGUUUGAUUUUUAGAUUCAUGUAUACAUUAACAGUUCAUGUGGUUAUUAUUUGGUCAUUUAGGGUAGUGAGAAUAAAGCAAAAUUGUAAAGAGAUAAGUGUGGUAAGUUUUAAAAAUAAAUAAGAUCAAACAAAAUAGAAGGUAUUGAAGCUCAUCUCAUGUUCAGUAGUCUUCCAGCCUCUCAGGUGCCUAAUAGUUCAUAUAUCAGGAUAUAACAAGUAACAAAGAUAGUUGAAAUAUGAGAACUUGUCCAUUAGUCUUUCAUCUAAAAGCAGUGAGUUACAUCAUGCCUUCCAACUGUGUUUCUAACAUUACAAUAUUUGUAUGAUAUUGGAACCUGUACUCAUAUAUUGUGUAAAUAAUAUGAAACUGUAUAUUUUUCAAAGAUUUUUUUAAACUUUGGGAAAUCUUCUUUUGUUAAGAUGUUAAAGGAAUAAAAGCUGGAAAAAAAAUAAAACUGUACCUUCAACUUGG